AUGGGCACGGAGUACUUUCAGGGUCAGGGAUAUCCGUGGCGUCGGGGGAGAUGGUGGUUCCAGGACCCCGGGUUGCGAAAGCUAUACUUCCUCAUUUUCAUUGCGAUCUUGAGUUCGGCUACCAAUGGGUAUGAUGGAUCGAUGAUGAAUGGGCUGCAGGCCCUGACUUAUUGGAAAACUUAUUUCAAAAACCCCAAUGGAUCUCGCCAAGGACUUCUCAACGCGAUUCAAUCUGUAGGAUCUGUUUGCUCUCUACCACUUGCGCCGAACUUGGCAGACUGGAUUGGCAGAAAGUACAGUAUUUUCAUUGGAAGUCUUAUCGUGGCUCUUGGAGCAGGCCUUCAAUCUGGAGCAACAGACACUGGAAUGUUCAUCGCUGGAAGAUUCUUCAUCGGACUUGGCUCAGGAAUUAACGGUAUCGCCAGUCCCCUGCUCAUCACAGAACUAGCGCACCCCAACGAACGAGGAAAGAUCACCGCAACCUACAACACCUUCUAUUAUUUCGGCUCAACAAUCGCAGCAUGGACAACCUACGGGACGUUGCAAAUCUCCAGCAAUUGGUCGUGGAGACUGCCCAGCUUGUUGCAAGUCGCACCAAGCGCUUUCCAACUCUGUUUCCUCUGGUUCCUGCCGGAAAGUCCGAGAUAUUUGAUCUCGAAAGAUCGACAGGAAGAAGCGAUGAGGGUCAUGGCCAAGUAUCAUGCUAAUGGCAACAUUCAUGAUGAGGUUAUUAUGUUUGAAUUUGCUGAGAUAAAGGAAGCUCUCAAAGAAGAGAAGAUUAAUUCUAAGGGCAGGUACAUGGACUUGAUCAAUACUUCUGGAAAUCGAAGGCGUCUUUUCAUUUGUCUCUGCUGCGGAUUCUUCUCCCAGAUGUCCGGAACGAGUCUCACUGGCUACUAUUUGAGCAAAAUUCUCUCAGACAUCGGUAUCACCAAUCCACAAUUCCAAAACCGGCUCAACGGCAUCAUCGGCGUAACAAACUGGAUCGAAGCCAUUUGUUUCGCUCUCCUCGUGGAUCGGGUUGGUCGUCGACCGCUGUUCCUCACCUCCGCUUCGGGCAUGUGCUGUACGUUCGCGACUUGGAUUGCUUUGACUGCUGUGCAGAAUCGGACUGGAGCUGCUGGACCCGGAAAAGGCGUUAUUGCCAUCAUUUUCUUCCAUAAUUUCUUCUAUAAUCUAUGCUGGGUCUCAUUGAACGUCGCAUAUCCCUGCGAGAUCCUACCGUACAGACUGCGUGCGAAUGGUCUUAUGAUUCAAUCUUUGGCGACGAAUGUGAUGUUGUUCUUUAACCAAUAUGUCAAUCCAAUUGGUAUCGAGCAUGCAAGUUGGAGAUACUACUUUUUGUUUGAAGGAACGCUUCUUCUACAGCUGGUCACGGUGUAUUUCUUCUUCAUCGAGACGAAAGGCGCAACGCUCGAAGAGAUCUCUCGUACUUUCGAUGGCGAGGAUGCCGUGGAGGAGAUGAAAGUGCGUGCCUUGGUGACGGAGAAGGCUGAUAUCGUAGAGCAGGUUGAGAAUUUGGACAAUAGGGGACAGAACACUAGUACUGUGGGCCAGAAAAGGGAUUAA